AGACAGUUCUACUUCAGGAGGAAAAAUAACUCGGGCGUCCGCGUCGUCGUCUCCACCGUACUAUCGUGGUAAAAAUGAUAUUGUUCACCGCGCCGUCAACUCGUCUGACGUAGUAGAAGAUUUCAGCAACAAUUUCCAUUUUAUGCGACAGUGGUGCACGGCCGCCAGCUCCUGCCUGGACUCCUUCGCCACACGAGAGCUUGCGCACGGUGGAUUCGCGUUCGCGAGGGUUUUGCAAACGACCAUCGAUGAGAAGCAACAGCGACGGAAAAAAACGCUGCUUUUCCAGGUGGAUCUGGACCAGCAUUCCCGGAAAUUUGCAAAAAAGUGGUGCUCGGAGCUGCUGUUGCGAUGCAGAUCGGAUAAUUGGAUGACGACGACAGCGUCAGAUACUAGUAGUUCUAGUUGCACUUCUGUCUCGCAUAUGAACCAUUCCGACCUGAACUCCCAAGCGGUCGCUGUGAGCUUGCAGACUUUGGGUCUGUUUGCCAGCUAUCAGGUCUUCGUUCCGCAAUCCGAAAGUAGUAGUACACGACCAGGGGGUAGUACUCGCACUGACUCGCACGACGUCGGCGAUGAGCAGAAUCUUCGCGUCGCCCCUAGCACAUCCGCAGCGGUGAAGGAGCUCUCUUUGCUCCUGGCUGAGAAAUUUUUCCUCGCCAAUUCCGAUACCAAGGAAGACCCGCUUGGCCCGACGCAUUUCAUCGGCGCUCUGCACGCGCUGAGCCGGCUGUCUUUCGCGGAGUUUCUGUCGCCGGAAAAGAGCGGCGAAUUCGCGUUAAGGUGGAUUGCUGCGUACUUGGGCCGGGAGAGCGAGAAGUUCUCUUUGCAAAAUUUGUCGAACGCGGGAUAUGGGAUAGGGAGAUUGCUGUCGACGAGCAGGUUUGGAGGAAUACCAUCACAUGAUGUGCAAGAAACACGACGAUCUGGAUCAUCAGCGACAAGUGGCAAAAAUCUACUGAGUGUCGCAAAUCACCCGCUUCAGCAGCAGCCGAUCCUGCAGCCCGAGUUCCUGAUUCGUGAGUUUCUAGCCAAGUGGCAAAGAGAGGUGGCAGAGAAGAAUCUGAACCCGCUAAACAUCCGGGACCUGACCAACAUGAUGGCAGGUGUUGGGAAGUGCGCGGAGAUUCUGCACACGUUCACCUCGAUGGGAGCAAACAAGGAGGGCGGCUGUCCUAGUGGCGCGGCGUCCGAUGAUUGCCCUCUCGAGGGCGUUGAGGAUAUUUUGGAGGACGACCACGCACCUGCGCAAAUGAAAGAAGUCGAUGCGCGUGAGUCACAGCAGUCCUGUUCACGACUGCUGCGCAAGACGAUGAAGCUGUCCGGCCGUGGAGUGCUACGCCCACCGACGACGACAAAGCCGAAGCCGCUGCUCGACCCAGACUUCCUAAAAAACUGGCGAACAACCGCUACGGAGAAAAUAUCUAGUUUCACCCCGCAAGCCCUGGCGCACAGUCUCAGCGGGUUGGCGAGCAGUGUGUGCGAGGACGUUUCUUCUACAGAAGAUGAUUAUGACGGAGCUAAAGCUACUACUUCUGGAGGUACUAGAAGUUGUUCUGCGAUUGGUGAAGAAGCUGCUGGUGUACUAUCAUCGUCAUCAUCGUCAUCAUCGCCCAACAACAAGGACAUUGUUGCAGAAAUCCAAACUUACCUUUCCGAUUGGCACUCGCAGCUUUUGAAAACCAAACAUACCUUCAACGACCAAGCGGUAAAUGUGAGCCUCGUAGCAAUACUGAAAUUCCUGCAAGGAGCUUCAUCUACAACGCAUCAACAGUCUUCUGAUGUCGAUAUUCAUCCUCCACCACCCUCUCAGGUGUUGCAUGAAGCGGUUUGGACUCACGCGUACCGGCCUUUGGAAGCGGUGGUCACGGAGAAGCUGACAUCGCAAGAUCCGAAAGUGCUGACCGACCGCGGGCUGCUGCAGAUUCUGCACAACGUCAGCAAAGUUCAGGAGCGGAGGACGCAGCUUGGGCUCUUGGCGAAAUGUUCUAGUGCCGAUGCAUUGCCAUUUUUCGAGGCCUGGGAGGGCUGCGCCGCGGCGUACAUCGGACGCAAGACAUCAGAUACAGACAGUGCGCACUCAAGUUGUGGAAGAAAUUCGCGGAGCCGGAGCAGCGGCAUGUCGCCCGAAUGGCUGGGGUCCGUGAUGCGUCCGUAUGUCCGACUGCUAGACCAGAUUCCGCCGGAGGAAUUGCGGGUUUCGUCAAGAAAAGUGUUCCACAACGGACCUUUUCUCCCCGCCUGGAGUCACGCGUGGAAGCAGACGCAAAACACAGAAAAUAUUAAACCAGCAUCUACUUCCAGUGCCAGGUAUAGAAGUAGUACAACGGCAAAUGCACUAUCCCCCCGUGCUAUGCUCUGCGCAGUGUGGAGCGUCGCGCGGCUGCUUGGGCAUCCGAGCUUGAUACAGCGGGUGCAAUCGGUGUCGGACUUCGUUUCGGAGCUGUAUGGGGAGGAGAUGAAAAACGAAGCCUCUAGCUCUACCGCAGCGGCUGCGGACUCGGAGAUGAACUACCACGACCUGUGUGAAUCGAACACACGACGAUCAUCCCCGGAACUACAAGCGCGCGCGGACAACCCGCAGUCGUCGCGAGAAGAUCACCAUGAUGAGCUCUCGUCCACUUCACAACAAGCUCACGACCACCUCCCUGCGGCUCCGGCUCCCGCACAGCACGACAACUCUGCCAUCCCUGCCUUUUGGUCUGCCGACGAUCUCGUCGCCGACUUUUUGCCCGCGUGGGUCUCGUUUCUGGAGGAGUACAGAAAACAGCAGAAAACGAUCCCGACAAAGUACCUCGUGGCGCUGCUUUUUUCCUUAAAAAGACUUGCGGUUUUUCAAACGAAUAAAGCACGGAGGACUAGUUUGUUUUUUGCCACAGGAGAACGUCGAAUAGAAAAACAGUUUCCAUCACCUCUCACCUCCGAAGCCUUCCUCCAAUCGAACCUCCUCAACCUCGUCCGUUUUUCCCAGCUACGAAGCGGCAAUCUCGCCGUGCUGGUCCAAAGCGUGGCCGAGCUGGAGUGCUCGUUGGGGGGGAACGCCGCGUUUUGGUCCAGGGUGAUCGAGCGGGCCUUGCAGCUGAAGUUUAAUUCCUUAGAGAUCGGAACGGUGGUUUUGGCCUUUGCACGCACGCUCGACCGCUGCGAGUGUGACUUCGGUUCUUGACGAAAUAAUAGAAGCUGCGGGUGGACCACGACGACCACGCUCUUGUUCAUCUGGUUUCUACGGCCGCUCCGGCCGGUUGAUGUAGCAGGCAGCAGCGAAGAUGAUGG